AUGGUCAUGGGAAAUAGAGGAAAGGAAAGGUCUAAUAAACUAACGACGUGGUAUUACGUGGUGAUGGAUAAUGAACUCGCCAACCAGGAAAUAGCGGACGCUCUUGAGGAAGGCUCCAUCUCCCUGCUCAUGCGCCCGUCGCUGUUCCGCGAGGACGACUGGAUCGCUUAUACACUCGUGUCCCCUGGAGGCGGGUCGAAGUACUUCCGGGCCGUCGGCAGAUGGACAGAGCAGGGCGGCUUGGAGGUGAGGAGGGACCUUUUCCCCCCCAUCUCACUGGACCUCAGGGGUCGAAACCUCCUCAUCGGUGUCAUAAACAAACCACGAGUGUUGGAGUUCAGGGACGAGCAAGGCCGAUGGACCGACUUACGGGGCUAUUCGGCCGCCAUCCUGAAGGAGCUCCAGCAGGUGCUCAAUUUCACGGUCUCGCUCAGGGAAUUCGAGUUCUGGGGAUCUCCGGACGCCAAUGGCCACUGGGACGGCGUCAUCGGCGCCCUCUUUGAUAAGGAGAUUGACUUUAGUCCAAUGGAUUUUACUCCUACGAAAGAAAGCCGUGAGGUGAUUGACUUCACGGAGUGGGUUGGCGAAGACCCCGUCGUGAUCGUCUCGGCCGCGCCUCAGCCCGAGAUCCGGCCCUUCCUCCUGCUGGAAAUUUACCAGCCGUGGGUAUACUUGAGUCUCAUCGCGACGCUUUUCGUCUGCGCCUUUGUCAUGUGGGCGCUAACGAGGGCGAACGCGAUCCUGCUGGUGGGCGUGUAUGCGCCGUCCAAGGUGCAGAAGCUCAGCAAGGUUUUGUUGAGCGCUAGCAAGACCAUCGUGGCUCAGUCUGUAUCUGAUAGCUCACAGUGCAAUCUCAUAGGCUAA